AUGAGCAGCAGCAGCGCAACAGAGGCAGUACAAAGAAUAUUCAAGGGCAUUGCAAAGCAGAAGGCCAAAGGAGAUAACUUUUAUGACGUAUGCUUCUCGCUUGCGGAUCACGGUGUUGGACACAGAAUCACAAAGAAAGUGUGGCCAUCAAGAAACACCUAUUGGACUGUUACAAAGAUUUCAUUUGGUGACAACUCUGGUGGAAGAUUGACAUCACUAAAAGGUAAAGCAUAUGGAGUGCUCACAUGGAAUGGCGUCUCUGAUAUGAAGGAGCGUCCUGUCAUUGACCCACUGGAGAAGAAUUGGACUUUAUUCCCAUACACAAUGCCAACAAAGGCAGAGAAGGAAGCGAUGGCCAUUGCGAUGAAGGCCAGCAGACAGCAACAGAAGGAGCAGGAGGGCGAACAGUCAUAA